AUGUUUGGCCUCUUGAAUGAGGGCUCCGUUGUGCCCACGAUGGUUGUGUUAACCCUCCUAGCCAUAGGGUUGACGCUGCGAGCAGUCAUCCGAGCCGCGUUGUCGCCACUGAAAUACAUCCCAGGCCCGUGGUACACCCACUUCACCCACUACGUAUUGAAGUACCACGUAGUAGUGGGCAGGCGGAUAUACUACGUCCACGACUUGCACCGCAAGUACGGAGACAUCGUGCGCCUCAGCCCCGACGAAGUCUCCGUGGCCACCGCAGACGGCCACCGCCAGAUCUACGCCACGAAUUCACAGUGCCUCAAACACGAGUGGUACUUGAAGUUUGGCGGCCACAACGAACCCGGCCUAUUCACGAUGCGGAACCCGAGGGAGCACGCGAAGCGCAGGAAGAUGUUCGCCAGGGCAUUCAGCAAGUCUCAGCUCAGAACUCAGUGGGAAGACGUCAUCGCCGCGAUCACCCGGGAGGGGGUGCGCAAGAUCGCGGAGCAGUUGCGGCGGGACGGCGAGGUCGACGUUCUCAAGUGGUUCACAUUCAUGGCGUCGGACGUCUCUGGCGAGCUGAUGUUCGGAGAAUCCUGGGACAUGCUACGCAAAGGCGAAAAAAACGAGUUCAUCCGAUCCAUAGAAAUCUUCACCCAAGUCUCCGGCCUCACCGCGGAGCUCCCGCUUCUCAAGCCCCUGGGCCGCCUUGUCCCGCUCCCCUGGUUCCGAACCGCGUUCCGCGGAUGGGACUACGUCAUCGACUACGCGUCCCGCGCCGUGGACAACAGCAAGAAGCUGACCCAGCUGGGCGAGCGCAACAUCUUCGGCACGAUUCUCGCCAAUGCGGAGAAGGGUGAGACCCUGACCGAGUGGGACAUCAAGAACGAGGCGGGAAACUUCACCGUCGCGGGGACCGACACGACGGCCGUCACGCUGUCCUACUUGGUCUACGCCGUGCUGUCGCAUCCGAGGAUCCAAGCGGAGAUCGAGGCCGAGGUCGCGAGGUUGCCCGAAGACUUCCGCGAUGCGGAUGUGGAAGAGCUGAAGUGGCUCAACGCGGCCCUGAGCGAGACGAACCGGCUGUUCGCCGCGGCGCAGGGGGCGUUCCCGCGACGAACUCCGCCCGGCGGUCUCACGAUCGAAGGGUACGCCGUGCCCGGGAACACGACCAUCAGCGCCCAAGGCUACACGAUGCAUCGUAAAGAGGAGCUUUUCCCAGACGCAUUGGAGUUUAAACCGGAGCGAUGGUUCCCCGAAUCGAACAUGCCGGCGGAAGCCAAGGCGGUAGUCGCGCCGUUUGGGUCUGGGUCUCGCAUUUGCAUUGGCAUCCACGUGGCAUAUAUCGAGAUGAGCUGCGAGAAUGUUACCGGCCCGACUCAUGAACAGACGGCCACGGAAUUGGCAAAGAAGGAAAAUUUCGAUUACAUAUGGAUCGACAAAUUCUGCAUCGCCCAAACCGACGACACGGACAAGGCCCAGGAGGUGAGGAAGAUGCGCGACUACUACAGGAACGCGGGGACAGGAAUCGUCCUCACACCGGAGCUCGACACCAGGAAGGGGAGACUGCGUCGUUCCGUCCGUGGCCGGCAGCGAAUUGGGCCACGAGAGGCUGGACGCUGCAGGAAGCCGCCAUGCCCCGAAAGUAUCGUCUCCAGGGAAUGGGCGGGCGUACAGGCAAACCACACCGCCUACGAGGCGGAGGACCACGUGGAAGGCGAAGUGUUGUUCGGCCGGGCGAGAGGUCGUCCGUACUUGUACGAGGAUCUCGAGAUCGCGUGGAGCAAGAAAUCCGAAGAGGGUGUUGGGCCGGAAGGAGGACACGAUUAUCGCGUAUCUGGGGCUGGUCAAGAACGGAAGUUCCGUGAAUGCGAGAUAUGGCAGCGGCCUGAGGGACAUGUUGAAGGAGGCGAUUGA